AUGGAGAACUUCCCUCAACUCGUCUCCCAACGAGAUGCCCUGCACCAUGCCUGGGUUAACAUUUCAGCUCAAUCGGCGGCGAAGCUAUCGUGCAUUUUGUUAUACGUGACUUGCGCUGCCGUGUUUGGCUUGUGGGUGGCGGCUCGGGCAAAAGCUGCAAAAGCCAAGAAGCAUUGGGAUUUUGACUGCCCCGAGGUCCAAAGGGACGGACCAAAUCUGGGAUCGACUCUCAAAAGAGGUCUUUUACAGUACCCCGACGAGCCGUUCAAGGUCAUGACGGCGGACGGCUUCAUCGUAUUCUUGCCCGCCCGUCACAUCCAGGAGCUCUGUAUGCACCCCAGGACUGAGGUAUCCUUCGGCCAUAUGGUUCUACAGUACUUCUCAUCAUGGGCCACUGGUUUCGGCAUCAAUAACAAUACCUUUCUCAAGGGCACCAAGUUAGGGCUCGUGUCAAAUGGUGCGCGCUUCAUUGGGCCCAUGAUAGACGAGACCAAGGUGGCCUGCUCUCGGCUUUUUGACGGUGGCGGACGCGGCUAUACUGAUGAGAAGGAAUGGACGUCAGUCAAUGUCAGUUACGCCGCUGGUCAGCUCACAGCCCAAGUCAUGGCUCGUGCCUUCGUGGGCAAGUCACUCUCCCGAAACCAAGAUUGGGUUGACGGACAAGUAUCCUACCUGGCCUACGUAUGGGCGGCAGCUCGAGGCAUCCAGAAGUGGCCACUAUGGGUACAGCCACUUGUGUAUCGCUUCGUCAAGGGUUACAGAGAUUUGCGUCACGAGGAGAGGCGUCUUGCAGACCUUCUGAAGUCCGAGUACGACGCCUCUAGACUCGGGAUGAAUCGUAGUGAAGCGAACAUGGAUCGGGAGCGGACCAUGAUCGAUGACUUUCUGGCCGUGACAGAUGCCGACAAACAAGGAGAUAUCAUGUUUCACAUGACACUGCAAUACCAGCUGCUUUUUACCGCCAUGCAUCCAACUUCAGAAACGUUCUGGCAAGUUCUCUACGACAUUGCACUCUACCCCGAGUACCAAGAAAUCCUGAGAAAGGAGCUCGAUGGAAUUGAUCGAACAGACACGAGAACCUGGCUCUCACAGGUUCCAAAGAUGGACAGUUUUAUGAAGGAGUCUCAGCGGCUCCACGCCGCCUCCCUCGUCACUUUGACCAGACAGGUUCUGAAACCGAUGACGAUUUCGACAGGGCUCCAUUUCCCAGCUGGUGCCCAAGUCUCAUACAUGACUGACGCCAUUAAUCUCGACCCAAAGAGGUGGGCGGAGCCUGAGAAGUUCGAUGGUCUGAGGUUUUACAAGAUGAGAGAGGACAUUGAAUCCGAGUCUCAGCAGGUGACGCUGAACUACUCAUACUCAGGCCCGGGGCAGCUGAACUUCGGCUAUGGUGUCCAGGCGUGCUGCGGGCGUCAGUAUGCGGGAUGGUUUAUCAAGAUGAUGCUCGCCGAGCUGGUCACUAUGUACGAUUUGAAGUUGAAGGAGGAUCCCGGGGUGGUAGAUGACAAGAGAUGUUUUACAGUCCGAAGCCAGAGGAUCGGGAAUCCGAAGGCUGAGAUCUUAGCCCGCCGACGAGUGAUAUCAUGA